GGUUAUAUUCAACAUGCUUAGCUGGAGGUUGCAGAUUUAGCAAUGAUGUGCUCCCUUUCAGGGUGGGGAAUGGCUGAAAAUGAGGAAGAAAAUUUCCAUUGGGGAACAAUGAAAAGAAAUUAAAAGAAAUAAACUCACCUUUCCUGGGCCAUGGCUUCUAGAGCACCAUCUGGCACCACUGUUGCUCCCAGAGGCUCCAGUAACCUCACCACAAGUGCUGUGCUAACCACUGCCCAGCCCAGCUUCAUUGAAGGCCUUAUAAACAAAAUUCCACUACCCAGAUGGGCUCUCAUAGCAAUUGCUGUAGCAGCAGGCAUAGUUCUGCUACUUUUCCUUAUCUGUAUCAUCAAGUGCUGCUGCUGCAAGAAGAAACACAAGAAGAAGGAGAAGCUCAACUUAAGAAACAUUAAUGGUGCCUCCACAACAGCCAGCUUGGUCCAACCUGAUUUGGAAGACAUUGAAUGUGGACUGGAAGAUAAGAAACGAGGACGGCUGCAAUAUUCCCUAGAAUAUGACUUCCGUGGCCAGGAGUUGAAAGUUGGAGUGAAGCAGGCAGCAGAUCUAAAGGCCAUGGACAGUGGAGGUACCUCUGAUCCCUACGUAAUUGUUUUCCUGACGUCUGACAUAAGGAAGAAGUAUGAAACAAAAGUUCAUCGUAAAACACUCAAUCCUGUUUACAACGAGAGCUUCAUUUUUCAGGUCUCCCAGGCAGAGGUGACUGAAGCUAUACUGGUCAUGCAAGUGUAUGAUUUCAACCGCUUUUCCAAGCAUGACAUAAUUGGUGAGGUGUGUCUGCCUCUUGUGGAUGUGGACUUACAGCAUGUAAUGGAACAAUGGCUUGAUCUUUCUCCAGCUGGCAAGCUAGAGCAAGAGCACCUUGGAGAAAUCUGCUUCUCACUGCGAUAUGUCCCCAGUACCAGCAAAUUAACGGUAGUUAUCUUGGAAGCCAAAAAGCUCAAGGUUAUGGAUGCAGAUGGAUUAUCAGACCCAUAUGUCAAAGUGCAACUUAUUCUGAACAAAAAGAAAUGGAAGAAAAAGAAGACAAGUGUGAAGAAAAACACAUUAAGCCCCUACUUCAAUGAAGCGUUUGUUUUUGAAGUGCCUUUCAACUUGAUCCAGAAUGUAGACCUGGUGAUCUCAGUCUGGGAUCGUGACAAAGUGACCAAGGAUGACCAGAUCGGAAAGCUGUUUCUCAGCUGCCGAGCUACAGGGAACCAGUUGCGCCACUGGUCAGAUAUGCUGGCUAAUCCUCGCAGGCCUAUGGCACAGUGGCACAGUCUGCAGCCUGUGGAAGUCAUUGACAAAACUCUGGGACUGAAGACACGCUUCAAGCUGCCACUACCCAGCAGCUAACCCACCCACUCCAAACGGUUCUCUCUAUGCCCCUCCACUCCGGAAGGAAACCCACAGCUAUUAUUUACAAAGGAAGACCUGAUAGCACAAAUCACCACAUCAGGUUCAGUUGAACAUAUAGCUGUAAUUAUUCUAGACAAGGGGAGGCAAGGCAAGGCAUUAAUGCCACUGUGUCCCACAUUUAGGUAACCAGCAGUUAUCUCCAGGCAUCCUGCCAUCAGGAUCAUUCUUCUGAAGAGGAUUUGAACCACUGCACAGGUCUCUUUAUUGAUGUUCUCUGGGGCUGGAGAAGAUAAGGAAGCAAGAGAAUGACAAGUUGGCCAAAGUGGGAGAUGAAAAACCAGUGCACCAACCUGCGCACUUCCCUUUUAAUGUCUUUAACAU